AUGCCACAUUUCCCCAUGAAUACAGGAUUCGAGUCAAGCCAAGAUGCCUCCGAGGACGUGCAUCACCCCUCAAUCAAAGUCAAGAACCGUCGAAAGAAGUACCUGGACUUGCACCCAGAGUACUUUUCGGCGGAUCUCGAGCUAGCCGACCCCUUGUUGUACGAUCGCCUCAUUCGCCGAUUUCAAACACCGCAAGAAAGAGAAGCGCAGGGACGCGCGAAGGGGUUCUCGGGUGUUCUACAGGCAGAUCUGUUACGUUCCGAGGCAAAAAUCGACGCGCUUGCACAUCCAGAUCCUAACGCAAUGCUGAGCUACACGCGUGGCCCGAACGGCGAGAUCCUUGCCGAGGAUCGCGACGAUAUCCCCGCCAGUAAAGAAGAGGGCGAAAAGGCUUGGCAGUGGGAGAUGGGGCUACGAUUCAUGCGAGGCGAUGAUGCCGACUUUGACUACACAAAUGUCGAUGAGAACGAGGAUUAUGACGAUUGGACUGAACAGCAAGAAAAAUACUUCGAAGAGGAGGAUCCCGAGUGGGUGGUUGAUGGUGUUCGCGGUGAGGUUGCUCGGGAGAGACUCCAGGGCGAGACCGGUAUUCAGGAUUUCUGA